CGGGUUUUCGUCAUGGUUCUAUAAUCCACUUGGAAGUGGAUCUGGAUCCACUUUAACGCCUCUGGUCCCUCUUCAAUACGAUUCUCGACCAAUCAGUAACAAGUAUCUCUAGUAGCCAAUAGUAGCUCUUCCGCGCAACUGCUCCAGUGGCGACAUUUGCGGCCGGCAUUGUUUUCCACGCUGUUUAUGAUUGUCAUAGCGCCUCCCGGCGUAGCAUGGGAACGCUGGAUAGAUUUUGUGGGUCCAAGUUUUGGGACUAUGAGACAGCCUGGAACACAACAGACCCAGACCUCAGCCCCUGCUUCCAGGACACUGUGCUGGUAUGGAUCCCAUGUGGGAUGUUAUGGCUUUUCUCCCCCUUGGAGACCUACUGGCUGCUCAAGAGCACCAAGAGGCUCAUACCCUGGACGGCACUCAACAUCACCAAGCUGGUUAUAACCAUGCUCCUGUUUUCAAUAUCGUUAGCUGAAUUUAUUUAUGCCGGGCACGAAGCCCUCUCCAACGGUGUUGCUCUGCCGUCCGUCUACUUUUAUACUCCAUUUUUGAAGAUUGCAACAUUUAUGCUGGCAUCGUCCUUAUUGCUAGCUGGUAGGAAACGAGGCAAGCAAUCUUCUGGGAUCCUCUUCCUGUUCUGGUUUGUCCUCCUCCUCUGCGGAGCUGUGACGUAUAGGUCGUAUCUGAAGUGGUGCUUUUCGGGUGACCAGGAGUGGACCGAGAAUGCACGACUGGGGCAAGAGUUUUUCUUUGGCGCAUACAUGGCGUAUUAUCCACUCGUGCUUGUGCAGCUCGUGCUCAACUGCUUCUCCGAUGCCAAGCCCAUGUACAGACAACAUGCAGCUCCUCCUGAAGAGAAGGAGAGCCCAGAAUCUGGAGCAUCAUUCCUGUCCAAGCUUCUGUUCUCAUGGUUCGAUUCCCUCAUCAUAAAAGGCUACAAGAAACCCCUGGAGAACACAGACCUGUGGGCCCUCAAUCAUAGUGAUCGUACUGAAAAUGUCAUUCCUCGCUUCGACAAAUUCUGGCAGCGGGAAGUUGCGAGAGUGCCAGCUCAUAACGAAAGGGGCGAAAGGACUGCCAGCUACAACAACCAUGAAGAUGGGGAAGUGAAAUUUUCUUCCCCUUCAUCUUCCAAGAAGAAGAAUGCUCAGAAGCCCGGCAUAAUCCGACCCCUGAGCAUAGCCUUCGGUCCGACCUUUCUCCUUGGGGGCAUUCUCAAAUUUGGGCACGACGUUCUUCAAUUCGUGUCGCCACAGCUGCUCAGAGCCAUGAUCGCAUUUGUGGGCUCUAAUGACCCAGCAUGGAAGGGCAUCCUGUUUGCAUCCCUCAUGUUCGCCACCGCCACUGCACAGUCGCUCAUGCUGUCUGCAUACUUUCACAGAAUGUACACUGUCGGCAUGCAUAUCCGCACGUGCCUUAUCUCUGCUAUCUACAGGAAGUCACUCGUCUUGUCGAAUGGAGCCAAGAAAGAGUCGACCACCGGGGAGAUUGUGAACCUCAUGUCGAACGAUGCCCAACGUUUCAUGGAGCUGAUGGUGUUUCUGAACAUGCUUUGGUCUGCACCUUUGCAAAUUGGGCUGUCCCUCUAUUUCCUCUGGGACAUCCUGGGCCCUUCCGUACUGGCGGGUGUAGGCAUCAUGGUGCUCAUGGUACCCCUCAAUGGGGUUCUGGCUGCUUUCUCCAAAAAGUUGCAGACGAAGCAAAUGAAAGAAAAGGACAACCGCUUGAAGCUGAUGAAUGAAAUAUUGAGCGGGAUGAAAGUGCUGAAGCUGUACGCCUGGGAAGAAUCUUUCCAAAAGCAGGUCGAAGGGAUUCGAGAUAGGGAGAUCCACAGCCUUCGGCGCAUGGGAUACUUGUCAGCUGUGCUUUCGUUUUUGUGGACAUGUGCACCUUUCCUUGUAUCGCUGAUGUCGUUUGGCACUUACGUCCUGGUGGACGAACAUAACGUGUUGGAUGCCCAGAAGGCUUUCGUGGCACUCACUCUAUUCCACAUCAUGCGCUUCCCCUUGUCCAUGUUGCCAAUGCUCAUCGGCAUGUUGAUUCAAGCAAGCGUUUCUGUGAAACGCGUGAACAAAUUCCUGAACCAUGAGGAGCUAGAGCAGUAUGUUGCACACGACAAGGAUGGUGAUAAUCCAGUGACAGUGGAGCACGGGUCGUUUGCGUGGACGCGUAGCGAGGACCCCGUACUGAAAGACAUCAACCUCACAGUGCCGAAGGGCAGCCUAGUGGCCAUUGUGGGGCAGGUGGGGUCGGGGAAGUCGUCCCUCAUUUCGGCCAUUCUCGGUGACAUGGAGAAAAUGGAUGGCACCAUCAAUACUCAGGGGUCCGUAGCCUACGUAGCCCAGCAGGCGUGGAUACAGAACGCUACGGUUCGAGACAACAUCCUGUUCCAAAAGGAGAUGGACUCUGACCGGUACAACGCGACCGUGGAGCAGUGUGCCCUCAAGUCGGAUCUCUCUAUUCUGCCUGGUGGGGACAUGACAGAGAUCGGAGAGAAGGGAAUCAAUCUGAGUGGCGGACAGAAACAGCGUGUGAGCUUGGCCAGGGCAGUGUACAGUGGGGCCGAUCUCUACCUGCUGGAUGAUCCAUUGAGUGCAGUGGAUUCCCAUGUGGGGAAGCACAUCUUUGAGCAUGUUAUUGGACCACAAGGGGUACUUAAGGAUAAGACCCGUCUGUUGGUGACGCACGGCAUAUCCUACCUGCCACAAAUGGACCUGAUAGUGGUGCUGAAGGACGGCCAGAUACAGGAACAGGGCACCUACCAGGAGCUCAUGAGCAGAAAGGGUGGUGCCCUGGCCGAAGUUCUGGUUCAGUUUCUCAAGGAGGAGGCCAAUGAAGACAUGAUAUUCGCGGAUGAUGUCAUGGUUGUUCAGGACAUCCUCCGCCAGGCGGGAGCAGAUAUUGAUAUGACAAGGCAGUUAUCGAUCCAGAGCAGACCUUCAGACGAGUUGUCUCUGACUGAGAGGAGAGAGCUACUGCGCAGCAUCUCCCACCAGUUCUCCGACAGCGGCAGCACAAAUUCGAGACGGCCAAGCCUUGCCUCUGGGAAGUCUCGCUCCAUAGACUUGGCUCCUCAAAGAGCGAAGAAGUUAGUGGGCGAGUCGCCAACCAAGUUGGUGCAGGAUGAAGCUACUGAGACUGGGAAGGUGAAGUGGAACGUGUACUUCACAUACUUCCGUGCGAUUGGUGUGAUGUGGACGAUAUUGAUAGUACUUACGAAUGUGUCCUCCCACGGCUUCUCGAUUGGCUCGAACCUGUGGCUGACCGCUUGGAGCAACGAUCCUCCGAACCCAGAUGGUACGCAAGUCCCGGAGCAGCGAAAUCUCAGGUUGGGCGUGUACAGUGCCCUCGGCUUUGCUCAAGGUGUGACCAUAUUGGUGAGUGCCCUGGGCCUUGCCCUGGGCAGCUUGAAAGGAGCAACUCUGCUGCACAACGGACUUCUCAACAAUAUCCUGCGAUCCCCCAUGUCCUUCUUCGACACCACACCUCUGGGACGUGUCGUCAACAGGUUCUCUAAGGAUGUGGACACUAUGGACCUGACCAUCCCAAUGACAAUCCGCUCCUGGUUGAUGUGCUUCCUGCAAGUGGUGUCUACGCUGUUCAUCAUCGCCUUCACCACACCCAUCUUCCUCGCUGUUGCCCUCCCCAUUGGUGUCGUCUACUACUUCAUACAAUCGGUUUACGUUGCAAGUUCGCGACAACUGAAGAGGCUGGAAUCCGUGACCAGGUCUCCCAUCUACACACACUUUUCCGAGACCCUGUCUGGAGUGACGACCAUCAGGGCUUAUGCAGCCCAGAAGAGCUUCGUGAGGGAAUCGAACCAACGUGUGGAUACCAACCAGAUGUGCUACUACCCUUCCAUCAUCGCUAACAGGUGGUUGGCAAUAAGACUAGAGUUAUGUGGCAACUUCAUAGUGCUGUUUGCUGCUCUGUUUGCUGUCUUUGGAAGGGAGACUCUGGAUCAGGGUGCCGUGGGCCUGUCACUGUCCUAUGCACUCUCUAUCACUGCGACCAUGAACUGGAUGGUACGCAUGAGCUGCGAAUUUGAAACCAACAUUGUUUGCGUCGAACGGAUAAUGGAGUACACGAAGACGCCGACUGAGGCCCCAUGGGAGAUCGCAGACUCGAAGCCACCCGAAACUUGGCCGCAGGGUGGUGAGGUGAAUUACGUGGACUAUGCAACCAGGUACAGGGAAGGGCUCGACCUGGUGAUCAGCGAUUUGAACAUCUCCGUCAAACCCGGCGAAAAGGUGGGCAUCGUUGGUCGAACUGGUGCCGGCAAAAGCUCCAUGAUGCUGUCCCUUUUCCGGAUCGUGGAACCUGCCCGAGGCACCAUCUUAAUAGACGGCAUCGAUAUUUCCAAGAUUGGACUGCAUGACCUUCGUUCGAAGCUCACAAUCAUCCCACAGGACCCUGUGCUCUUUUCUGGUACCCUUCGUAACAACUUAGACCCAUUUGAGGUGAAGAGCGACACAGAACUGUGGUCUGCCCUGGAGCUUUCUCAUCUCAAGAGCUUUGUGUCUGGCCUUGAGAAAGGCUUGCAACACGAAGUGGCAGAAGGAGGGGAGAAUCUCAGUGUUGGACAGCGUCAGCUGGUGUGUCUGGCUCGAGCCCUCCUGCGCAAAACGAAAGUAUUGGUCUUGGAUGAAGCCACAGCGGCUGUGGACAUGGAAACCGACGUGCUCAUUCAGCAGACAAUCCGCAAGGAAUUUGUUGGCUGCACCGUGCUCACCAUUGCCCACAGGCUCAACACCAUCAUGGACUACGACAGGAUUUUGGUUCUGGAACGUGGCCAUGUUGCAGAGUUUGAUUCUCCAUCCAACCUGCUAGCCAAUAAGGAAUCUAUUUUCCAUGCCAUGGCUAAGGAUUCCGGUCUGACGUAGGACUUUUUCCUCCAUAAGCUCCGCCCAACAAAGUGCCCUGGAAGAAGCCUGCCAGGAAGAACCAAAGAUCUGCCUGGUGUUUUUAGUCUUAAUAUCGAGAUUCUGAUGCCUCUGUAUAUAUAUAUUAUAUAAUGUUGGAUAUGUUGGAUACAAAAUGUCUACUUUCAAAAACCACAAGGAACCUU